UUGGUUUCUUUAAUUCGAAGGAACAAUCAUUUACCGCUAUAAAAACAGGGCGAAAUGUUGUCGAAGGUCAUUUUCGGUAUUUGAAUAUGUAUAUAAACACAGGGUAAAAUGAAAAUAGUAUCAGUUUGGUCCUGUGUCUCAGUCAACUACUCAACAUGAACUCCAUGAUUGCCUUCGCUUUCUUCGCUAUGGUAGCCACCGCCUCUGCCUCUCACCUCGGUUUGGGCUUGGGCUUGGGUGGCUUGGGAUGGGGAGGCCAUGCUGGCAUCAUCAACCCACACGCACUUAGCCCAAUUGGACCAUCUGGAAUUGUAACCGGAGCUGGAGCAGCCGGUCCAUCCGGAGUCGUAACCGGAGCUGGAGCCGUUGGACCCGCUGGAGUAGUUAAUGGACACGGAGCUGUAGGACCAACUGGACCCAACGGACACGGUGCUAUCCUUGCUGGUCCCGGAGCCUUAGGUUUGGGAUUGGGAUUGGGAGGAUUGGGACACGCCGGCGCCGGUUUGGGUCUUGGACUCGGCGGAUGGGGUCAUGGAUUGGGAGCUGGCCAUUUGGGUCUACAUGGUUAGAAAAAAAAAUGCAACAAAACUCGCUGUUUAUGGAACUGAUGUUAAAUUAAAAUAAAAUUUUGUAUAUAUAAAA